AUGACGACAAACAAGCCAGUAGACGACUUGAUCAUCAUCGGAAUCGACUUCGGAACGACCUACUCCGGGGUUGCUUGGGCGUAUUCCCGACAACCUGAUGAUAUCGAAGUUGUCACAAGCUGGGAGGCAGAGAUGAGCAAAUGCUCAGACCUUGAGAAAGUGCCAACUCAAUUGCUCUACGAUGAUAAAGAAGUUGAUGCUUGGGGCUAUUCUAUUCCUGGGGAUGAGAAUGGCCUCAAAUGGUUCAAGCUCUUGUUACUCGAAGAUUCUGACAUCACAGCUGAAAUGUCCAACUCGUCUCAGAUUCGUGAAGCCCGCAAGUUCCUGAAGGAAACGAAUGAUGAUGCUGUUGAUGCGGUUGCAAACUUUCUGCGUGAGCUCUGGGGCCACGCCAUGGAAACGUUUGUUCGCAAAUUCGGACCUGAGCUGGUAGGGAGAUCGAGGUUUCAUGUAGUGGUCACUCUUCCAGCAAUUUGGCCACCUUACGCCCAGCAGCGCAUGAAGCGAGCUGCUAAGAUUUCGGGUAUCCUUGAUAAGAGACCUUGCGGUGAAACCACGCUACACUUUAUCUCGGAGCCGAAGGCAGCGGCUCUUGCAACAAUUCAAGAUCUCUCUCAACGUUCAACCAUCAAGACAGGUGAUACUCUAGUCAUUUGCGAUGCUGGCGGUGGAACAGUGGAUCUCAUCAGCUACGUCGUCGAGUCCACGAAACCCUUCACUGUCAAAGAGUGCGUAAAAGGCGACGGCGGCCUCUGUGGCAGCAUUUUUCUCGACGAGAAUUUUCUUAGACUCAUCAAAAGCAAGGUCUCUUCUACAUCAUGGAGAAACGUCAGCAAAGCCGAGGAAAGAAGAUUCCUCAACGACGAGUGGGAACACGCAAUCAAACAGCAGUUCUCAGGUCAGAGUAGGAAUUGGUUGGUCUCACUCCCUGAUGGCUGCCGUGGAGCCUUGAGCCAGGGAUCCAAAAGGCGAAGAAACAUUAAGCUUAGCUCAAACGAUGUUUUAUCAGUGUUUACUCCCGUCGUGGACAAAAUUGAGGCACUAGUUCAUCGACAGAUCCAGGCGAUCCAGGGUAAAUACGGGCAGCCAGCAAAGUAUGUCAUCCUCGUCGGUGGGUUUGGCCGAAGUCGGUAUCUCUUCAACCAACUCAGAGCUUCGACAGGAGCUACGUUUGUUAUCCAUGUGCUGUGGGUUUCAUCUAAUGAAUGCAGAUGGACUGCUAUAUGCCGAGGAGCAGUCGUCAAUGGUAUUAGCCAUGUCCUUGAACCAAGCCUUGGCGUGAGAAUCGACAGCAGGAUCGCUCGAUGCAGUUAUGGGGUCUGUUUCACGGACACUUUUGUUCCCAAGAGGCACCGGAUCCGUGAUAAAGUGUGGUCAGAGGAGAGACAAGAAUGGAGGGCUGAAAAUCAGAUGAAAUGGUUUCUCAGAGAGGGCAACAACAUCUAUACCAAAAGACCAAUCCGAAGCUCCUACCCUGAUGACGAUGAAGACACUUGCCCAAUUAUCCACUGGACACGCGAGGUCAAGCUCGAAACCCUUCCGACGUGGACUAACUCGGCGGGCGAGGUCUAUCGUGAGCUUGAAUUCAAAAUCAAGAUGACAUGCGAUGACGGGACUGUAGACUUCGCCGUCUAUUUCGAGGGCCAACGGGUUGGAGCCCGAAACAUCGAGGUCAAAUUUUGAUGGACAUGGAGAGGUGAAAAAGGCCGCUGUCAUGGAUGAUGGCAUGAUGGAUGGAAAUGAACCGCUCUGGUAAUUACCCAGACUUUUCCGAGGCAGAAGUGACGAUAGUGCUGG